CACAAUUUUUCAGAUCUUUAAACGUAUGCACACAGAUCCCAACCAAACAUAAAUGUCAAAUCCAGCCAGCUGAUUCCGUACGUACAGGGAGUGGAAUUUGUAUUUACUUACACCAUCAAGCCAACCAUGAAUGAACUUGUACGUGCCUCGUACUGAAGAUGUGCGAUUCUUUUUUGUGUACAAGUCUGCUUUUAAAGGGCCGUUUGUGGAUUUAUUUUUCAUAUAGUGCUUUUAAAUUAACGUUGUUAUAAUCUUUCGUGUUGUUUGAAGGAAAUGUCCGAACUGCAGUGUAUAUCCAAGCAUGUCAAAUUUAGUGAAAUUAGUGCAAUCUUAGAAAAAGUAAAAAGUACCAAAAUCCCGGCCAAACGCGAUCAAACCCUACGGCGCUACUUUACUUCCUUCUUUCAGUUCCAGAAAGAAUUUCGUCAGAAGUAUGGUGAUUCGGUGCCUUCCAGCAUAUUUCCAAUUCUUCGUCUGCUCCUGCCAACGGUUGACCGAGAGCGCGAUUCCUAUGGACUGCGGAUAAAAUCAUUGCGUGAUAUGUACGUCAAAGUACUGGGCAUCAGUGAUUCCAGUGUAGAAGCACAGAAACUAUCCGGUUUUGAUGAUUCCGGAUCAGGAAGUGCUGGAGGCGGAGAUUUCGCAGAGCGAGUCUUCACUUUAAUGCGUGGUCGUUGCCCACAAGAAUGUCGACUAACCGUAUGGGAUAUCAACAAUAGGCUAGAUGCAAUAGGAAAACACUACCACAACGGUGGCCAACGUUUGAAGAUACAGGACGAAUUGAUUCUAAUGAUCGAAGGACUUACUCAAUUGGAUCAAAAGUGGUUGGUUCGAAUUAUUUUGAAGAACUUAAGACUCGGUGUGGGUCAACAGAAGCUGCUGUCACUAUACCAUCCGAAAGCAGGACUUUUGUUUGAUCGAUUCAGCAAUUUGUCUAAAGUAUGCGAAGUCGUAGAGAAUGGAGAAGAUUUGGCGGAACUUCAAGUUCAAAAGACCGAAAUGUCCGUGCAGAUAUUUAAUCCAGUGAAACCGAUGCUUUGUCAAAGGGUCAACUUAAAAAUUGUGAACGAUAUGUUGCAGAAGGAGGAAUUUUGGCUGGAAACCAAAAUGGAUGGAGAAAGGUUCCAAAUUCAUAAAGAUAGGAAUGUUUUCAAAUAUUUUUCUCGGAAUACCAUCGAAUACAGUAGAGUGUUUGGAGAAACUUCUAACCAUUCAGGAUCAUCUUUAACUCCUUGUCUAUCAAGUUUGCUGUCAACAACCGUUCAAAGCAUGAUUUUAGACGGAGAAAUGAUGGUAUUCGACAAAAUCGAACUGACAUACCACGAUAAAUGCGAGAAUACUGAUGUGAAAAAUAUCAAGGGUGAUAACCCUAGCAUUCGGCCAUGUUUUUGUGUGUACGACAUACUCUAUCUGAACGGAAAAAGUCUAUUAACAGUGCCGUAUGCUGAGAGGAUUCGUUUAUUAGGAACAGUGGUUAAAGAAAGCCCCGGAAUAUUAACGUAUUGCCGGCGAACCAAAGUGGAAAACAGUGAACAUCUUGUUCAACUUUUGAAUCAAGCUAUCGAUGCACGUCAAGAGGGAGUCGUGAUAAAGAAGCAGGAUUCUGUCUAUAGUCCAAAUGAACGAAAUGCUGGUUGGUAUAAAAUAAAACCCGACUAUAUUGACAAUUUGGUUUCCGAUUUUGAUUUGUUAAUACUUGGCGGAUUUUACAAUUACAAGAAAACGGCUAUCAAUACAUGGCUUGUGGGAGUCCUGGAUUCCCGUCCAACCAACGACAAAGAUACGCCAUCGUUUUCUACUGUCACGAAGGUGGCAAUGGGUUUAUCCAACGAUCAAUGGAAGCUAUUAAACACAUCACUACGACCUCAUUGGCGAGAAGUGUUAUCUCAGAAAGUAGGUCGCAGUACAAUUAGUGAAGAACCACCAGGACUUCAUUGGGGUCGUACUCCUCCAAACGUAUGGAUACCUCCAAAACAUUCGAUUGUGCUUCAAUUGAAAGGUUCAGAAUUGGUCAGAAGCGAUUCAUACGGUACCACUUAUACCAUUCGUUUUCCUCGAGUUAUGGCAAUUCGCAGUGAUAAAAGUUAUCUGGAUGUUUGUACGAAACAAGAAUUCGAUCAACUAUGCACUUCAAAUACUUCAGUAACCAAAUUGGCUAAGCGGCAUGUAACUGCGUCAGAUUUGAUCUCUGAUACUGGUUCCACAGGAUCCAAUCGAAAGCGCAAGCGAUCAUCAGCCGUUCAGUCUCGUCGUGUGGUAAACUUUCCACAUGCCUUUGAUUCAGUUGCUGCCGUUCUCGAGGUUCAGCAGAUCGAUAGCAUCUGUUCUGGAUUGGACUUUUGUGUACUCACGUCAGCUAAAAAUUGUCCUCCAGUAACGGAAAUAGAAUCGAUGAUUCUUCGUCAUGGAGGGCGAUUAGUGAAAAAUCCAGGUCCGAAGACAUACGCGGUAGUAGCCGGUGAUCGAACUUUCCGUGUAGAGCGCAUUAUUGACAGUGGGAAAUAUAAUGUUGUCUCUAUUGAGUGGCUGAUUCGAGCCUUGGCUGGAUCUGAACCGAGGCAGGAAUUAUUGAAAUUCAAACCAAACGAUAUGCUGGCCAUCACUCCCGAAACCCAAAAACAAAUGGCAGAUCAGUUUGACCGUUUCGGAGACUGUUUGAUUAGCCCGAUUACCAGUUUAGAUGAGAUGCGAGCUUUGUUGAAGCAGAUGAAUGUUGAUGGAUUGCAGUUAUCUGUAUCGGAGCUACAACAGGGACAAAUAGAAAUUCUUGGUAAAACAUCUGGCUUUCGAAUAUUUAGUGGAAUUGUUGCCCGAUUAUACGAUGCGAACUUAGAUGACGAUGUCGAUCGGUACAAAAGCAAAUUUUGCAUGCUAAAAUUUGUUAGAGCUGGUGGACAAUGGGUGCCUAAUGAAGUUGAUAAUUGUGUUUCAAAUAUAUUUGUUCUUAAAAAUGAGGCGCUGAGUAGUGAUCACCUAAAGCAGUGGAUUCGCAGUUUUCCAAAACAAAACAUUGAGCCAAAAAUCUUGCAACUUGAAUGGAUAAAAAAAUGUUUAUGUGAUAAGAGUUUAUGUGAGACGCAAUUGUACAGAGUGUUUUAAUUCUUAUUGGAACAAAAUUUUAAUAUAUUAUUGAAUAAUAAAAUUUUAUUUUAUUCUACAUCAUGUAUUCUGUUGGGAACAUGAACCUGGUUUUUACUCUGCAAAGACUUUUAUGCAAUCUUAAUUAUUAAUCGUUAUGUUUCAGUUUUGCUGCUUCGCAGGAUGCGAAAAAAACCUACUAACCGAAAUAAACACUUAGCACAUUUUGUUCGAUAA